UGGACGCUGCUGCUGCGGUAGUGAACUGACCCCUUACUUUCCAACACGCUGAAGAUUAGAAGUCUCAUGGCCUUGUUUAGUGGAGUUACAUCGUGCUAAGAGGCUACAUAACAACAUGGCCGAUUCUGACUUCAUCGCCCAGCAGCCCAACGAAGCUUCUCUGUGAUGUAUGAAAGAGGAAGACCAGUGCUGCAAGAGUUCCACUUCGCCGCCACCAACCACUACGCCACCGCCGCCGCCGCCAGCAGGAGACUCCAUGGAAGUACUGGACAGCCUCGGUAACAAUCAAUUGAUGGAGGAGAUCGCCAACCUCUCCCGACAGUUGCUACAGGAUGGUGAUUCUGAAAUGGUCUCCUUGGCCCACGGGAUCCUCAGCCUCACCGGGAACGUGUUGGCGGUGAACGGAAGCGGCUUCGUCAACGACCUCAACGACACCAACCUCGACAACAUCCCCACGCUGGGCGGUACCCUCUUCAACGUGACCCAUGGCGGCCUCCCCGUCAACGCUACUUCGCGGGGCGGCGGCGUGCAGUACGGCGACGAUGACGCCUUCGGCAACGACGCCGCCUGGAUCCUGACGGCGACCUUCAUCAUCUUUACCAUGCAGUCAGGAUUCGGUCUUCUGGAGUCUGGCUGCGUGUCCAUGAAGAACGAGACGAACAUCAUGGUGAAGAACGUAGUGGAUGUCGUUCUUGGGGGCUUUACGUACUGGCUCUUCGGCUACGCGCUCUCCUUCGGCAAGUCGGAGUGGACCAACCCUUUCUGCGGCUGGGGGGACUUCGCCAUCAACCCCGACGAGAACUCUAUGGGCAAGGUGUACACGACUUUCUUCUUCCAAAUGUCCUUCGCCACCACCGCCACCACCAUUGUGUCCGGCGCGAUUGCUGAGAGGUUCAACUUCGUGGCGUACGUGCUCUUCUCCGCUGUCAACACGGUCGUCUACUGCAUCCCCGCCGGCUGGAUCUGGGCGGACCACGGCUUCCUCUACAAGCUUGGGGUCGUGGACGUUGCGGGCUCCUGCGGCGUCCAUCUCUGCGGCGGCGCCUCGGCUCUGGUGGCUUCGAAGAUGGUCGGUCCUAGAAUCGGGCGUUACGACGACGGGGAAGGCUCGCUACCCAUGGGCUCGCCUACCAACGCUAUCCUGGGCAUGUUUAUGUUGUGGUGGGGCUGGCUGGGCUUCAACUGCGGCAGCACCUUCGGCAUCAACGGUGACCUGUGGAAGUACGCCGCCCGCACCGCCGUCUGCACGCUCCAGUCCAGCAUCGGCGGCGGCCUGGCGGGGAUGAGCCUCUCCUGGUACAAGAACCACCGACUCGAAGUGGGCGACGUGGUCAACAGCGUCCUCGGGGCCCUCGUCUCCAUCACGGCCGGGUGCGCGCUCUUCACCACCUGGGAGGCCCUGUUCAUCGGCGUGGUCGGGGGCCUCAUCGCCGUGCUGGGAAUGCCGCUGUUCGACAAGCUCCACAUCGAUGACCCUGUCGGCGCCGCUUCAGUACACGGUCUUUGCGGCAUGUGGGCGAUGAUAGCCAUUGGCCUCUUCGUGCAGGCAGACACCCUAGAGGGCAUGACGAAUGGGUACUCAGGGCUCUUCAGGGGCGGGGGCUUCUACCUGCUCGGCGUGCAGUCCCUGGCUUGCCUUUGCAUCUCGGUGUGGUCCAUGUCAGCCACCUUCAUCAUCCUCUACCUGAUCGACAAGUUCAUGAUGCCGAUACGCAUGAGCGAGUGGGAGGAGCUGGUCGGGGCGGACUUCGCGGAGCACGGCAUCAGGCGGCGCAACGUGGGCGUGUCGCGAGCCGUGUCGGUGUUGGGGCUGCAGCACAACGGCUUCGACUACAGCGACAUCUUGCCCCAAGGAGACAACCCGUGUCACGUCAAGGUGCUGAGCGACCUCGACAACCUCCAGUCACGGCGCGCCUCUACCUUAUCGAAGGCGGUGGCGCGGGUGACAGUUAACCCCUUCAAGAGCUCCCUCGGCCUCCUGCCCUCCUUCUUCCUCAACGGGAAGCCGGUCGACGAGGACAAGGACGCCAAGCUCACGCAGGUCACGCCUAUGAACAACUCAAACAACCAUUCCGCCUGGCAGUGACAUCAGGACCCCGCCACCACCGCCAGCCCCGUCCCCUCCAUCAUCAUCACCGCCACCAUCCGCCCACAAGAAAAUCAGAGUCAGUCCAUCGCCACAAGAGGAUCAGCCACAAAACGAUCAACCAUAAGAGAAUUACCCACAAGAGGAUCACCCACAAGAGAAUCACCCACAAGAGGAUCAGAGACAAGAGGACUACCCACAAGAGGAUCACCCACAAGAGGAUCAGAGACAAGAGGAUCAGCCACAAGAGGAUCAGAAACAAGAGGGUCACCCACAAGAGGAUCAGAGACAAGAGGAUCACCCACAAGAGGAUCUCCCACAAGAGGAUCAGAGACAAGAGAAUCAGCUGCAAGAGAAGCGGUCCAACGCCACCUCAGUCACAUC